GUUCCGUCCACGCCUCGGAUCUUGUCGAUCGUGAAUUAGGGCUGUGUUCAUCCCUCUCGUUCUAUGUGCUGUCCUCGGUGACGCGACGGAGGUGUAGCCUGACGCGGUCUCUUACGUGUCGGACUAAAUAAAAGUGGAGCUCCGGAGGCCUGGGAGUGACGAGGCGAGUCUGUGUCGGGCUAUCUAAAUGAAGAUGGAGGCAGGAGCAGAUGUCCAGCAGGGCGGCGACACUGCAGUCUCAGAGACAGACACUCAGCAGAUUGCCACCUUAGCACAGGUUUCCAUGGCAGCAGGACAGGUUUCAGCCACUGCGCCCACAGUGACCUUAGUGCAGCUGCCUAAUGGCCAAACUGUGCAAGUUCAUGGGGUCAUCCAGGCAGCCCAGCCCUCGGUCAUACAAUCCCCACAGGUGCAAACUGUACAAAUUUCUACCAUUGCCGAGAGUGAUGAUUCACAAGAGUCAGUGGACAGUGUGACCGAUUCCCAGAAAAGAAGAGAGAUCCUGUCCAGACGGCCUUCAUACAGAAAGAUCCUGAAUGACCUGUCAUCAGAUGCUCCAGCAGUCCCACGAAUAGAAGAGGAGAAAUCAGAAGAGGAUUCCACCCCAGCCAUCACAACAGUUACUGUGCCAACGCCUAUCUACCAAACAAGUAGUGGGCAGUACAUCGCUAUCACUCAGGGUGGGGCAAUCCAGUUAGCCAAUAAUGGAACAGAUGGAGUUCAAGGGCUUCAAACCCUGACCAUGACCAACGCAGCAGGCGCUCAGCCCGGCACCACCAUCCUGCAGUAUGCACAAACCAGUGACGGCCAGCAGAUACUCGUGCCCAGCAAUCAAGUAGUUGUGCAAGCGGCCUCAGGAGACGUGCAAGCGUAUCAGAUCCGCACCGCUGCAACCAGUGCCAUUGCACCAGGCGUGGUCAUGGCCUCCUCUCCUGCUCUGCCUAGUCAGGGAGGAACAGAGGAAGUCACGCGUAAAAGGGAGGUUCGGCUUAUGAAGAACAGGGAGGCAGCACGGGAGUGCCGCAGGAAAAAGAAAGAAUACGUUAAAUGUCUGGAAAACAGAGUGGCUGUGUUGGAGAAUCAGAACAAAACACUCAUCGAGGAGCUCAAAGCACUUAAGGACCUUUACUGUCACAAAUCUGAAUAAUUAUACUCACUCUCACAUACGUGCUGAACAGAUUUCUUAUGGUGCCUCAAGAGAUAGAGACUCUGAACAUAACACAGGCACCUGCACAGCAUCUCUAUUUCUCUCUUUCAUUUCUUUUUUUAUAUAUAUUAUCGUCCGAAAAAAUCAGUUAUCGUCAGGAAUACAUUGUAAGUUUGUAAUGUAAACUUUUUAUUUUCCACUUUCUCUUUAAGAGAAAGAGAGUUGGUUUCUCUAAUAAAAGAGAAGAUGAUUGGCAAGGUACAGUUUGGUUAUCAACAAGUUGCCCUACUUAAGGAGCAUUCUGAACCAUAUAAGAGCAACAUUCAGCUGGAGCCGUGAGAGGGAAUUAAUGUUUGUGUGGGUUUUUAUCAUGGAAACAUUACAGAGUGCUGUUCUGAGACCUGCUCCUGUCAUUCUGAGGCUUUGAAAGACUUUCCCACACUGCACCAGUUGUUUAUGGUGUCGCCUGCAAGCAUGAUUAAAGAGGGAUGGAUUUUUCACUUUUGCAGCAUGGGUCUUUAAUGAUUAAGAUCAAAUCAACGGUGCCCACUCCUGCUUUUGUUACUAAUACAUAUACUCAUUUAUUUUGUUCUAAUGAAAACAUGCAGAUAAAUAUAUAUGCCUCUGUUAUGACUUGGGUUUGAUAUACAAUGCACCGUUGUCUAAAAGUUUUUUUUUUUCUUUAUGUAGUUUUAAGCAGUGUUGCUUUUGUUACAAAAUUAAGUGCUAUAUGGAGAAACUCGGUCACCUUUGUCAACCAAAAAUAGAAGGUGGAUCCUUUAAAAAUAUGGAAUGAUGUUCGAAAAUGCUUUAAAGCAGUUAAAUAUACUUUGUGAGCAUUGGUAGCCCAUAAUAAGAAAAUCAUUUUUAAACUUGUAAGUGUGCUUAUAUUGUAAUAUAUUGGAAUUUCUUCAUCUAUGCCAGACUUUACUGGUCUUUCUGGUGCCAUCUACACUGAUCAGAGACAAGUUGUGUUGCUUUCCCUUAUAAUAUUUUAAAACAAGAAUUUUGAUUUACAAAAACUUACCUCUGAUCAAUGUAAAGAGUUGGUUUUUGUUUGUUUUCUGUUUUUGCCUGAGCUCUUGUGUUCCACACUGCUAUGAUGGAAAUGCUGUUGUUAUCCUUUUCUGUCCUUUUGCCAUAACAUGUAGCUUUCCAUGACAUACAUGUUAUUUUUAAAUCUUUUUUGUUAAAAAUUUUCUGAAUUAUUUUGAUUAUAUAUUGUGUUUUUAAGACAAGUCGCUUAUGUGUAACUUAAAUCAGUUAAAAAGCAGUCUGGAAUAAUCUUUCAUCAACAAUUAUAUAUUUGGCAGCUGUUCAUAAUCUAAUGUGUUGGGCUAGUUUUUAUUUACAGUAGAGUUUACCUGUAAUAUAAUGUUUGAAAACCUUAAAUACCAGAAUUUAAUCUUUGCUUCAGACCUGCAUAGUUUGGUUCCAAUUCAGUUCAGAACUGCCUGCGAUUCUUUUUUUUUUAAAGUUUUUUUUUGUUUUUGUUUGUUUGUUUACAAAUUCACUGGGAAUUUGGUUCAAGUGUGUUGGAGUUGGAAUUAACUUUGCAGAAAGGUUGUAUGUAAGAUGGCCUGCUUUGUGCCUGACAGGCUCAAUAUGAUUAGGAACAACCAUAUUGUGAGACACAUAGCAAGAAAUUUCAGCAACAGUGGGCUUAGAAAGGUGGAUCUCCAGAAAGACAAUUUAGCAACCUUGCUUCAGAAAUUAUUAGCAGCUAUGGGUGGGGCUACAUUUAGUAUAGCAGUUUACCCAGACUGAAAGUUCUUGCCGACAUUCAAAUCACUGCCCUUCCAGUGAUCGAAGCUGAAAGUGUUAUUAAAAGCAAGUUGUGUUUUUAGUUAUAAAUUAUGUAAUAGUCAACAGGAAUGCAUAUUUCUUUAUACCCCCUAACUCAAACCCCAACCCUAAACCUAUUGUUUUACUCUGUCAGUGGAGUAAAAAUUUCAUUUCAGAGCAACCUCCAAAUUGUGCUCGCCAUUGUUUAUGUGGAUGCGAUUACUUUCUGGUUUCUACGGGACCAGAUCCUGCAUCUCGGAGGUUGUUCAUACAACAUGCUAGCAUAGCUAGAGGAAAAUACAUUCACACUUGAAUUAAUGCAAAAAUGUGUGAUAUGGGUGUCAGUCAUUCGGCUGAAUGGCACUGAUUUUAUGCAGGUUACUUAUUUGAUAAAGGUGGGCACUACUUAAGCCAUUUAAACUAGUGUUGUCUACAAGUUGAGUAAAAUAAAAAAACUAACAUGGUAAA